UAAAAAAUAAAAUAAAUUAUUAAAUUAGAAAAAAAUUAAAAUAAAUUAUUUAAAUAUUAAUUAUUUAAAUUUAAUUUAAUUUCAAUCGACAAUUAUUAUUAAUAUAUAAUCACAAAAACAUAAAAGAAAAUAAAAUUGGUAGAAUAAGGUGUUGAAUUUUAUUAAAUAAAAAUUAUUGUAGUGAGUAAAAGUUGAAUAAGUGUUGAAUUAUUAGAUGAAAGAGAGAAGAUAAUAUGAAAUGUAAAAAGUGAAAAAGGAGGGUGAUGAAUAUAUAAACUAUUUUAUUGGCUAGGAUGUAAGAAAACAAUAUUUGGAAACUUAAACUCUAAAUUGGAACAAUUAAUUAUGAUCCAUUUCCAAAACUCUUCUCCUGCCAACUUUGGACCACCAACUUACUAACUAUCAAGCUCAAACACACCAUUAAAUUUAACACAAGCUGCAAAUUGAAUCCCUAAAGAGCACUAGUGCUCUCAACAAGAGUCGAUUCAGCAGCCAAAUGUCGUUUCCAAGUUUUACCAGCAAUGAAGUGCCUGAGGUGGGUUCGGGCGGGUACUGUAGGUAUGAGUUUUGUUAUCAUGUCUAUCGAGCAUUAAGAUUAUGACCGGUGGAAUGUGGUUCAGAUUAGGAUGAGACGAUCAGUCUUGAUAGAGUUGUUUUUUCCCCUCAGAAUGGUAGUUUUGCAGGAUGGGGAUUUCUUUAAUUACAACAAUCAACUCAGCAAAUGAGGCACUUGCAAGGAUGGCAAGCUUUGGAAUUUUGCCCAACAUGAUAUUGUAUUUGAUGGGAACUUACAAACUUCCUCUUGGAAAAGCUACCCAAAUACUCAUUUUAUCCUCUGCAGCCACCAAUUUCAUGCCAGUAGUUGGUGCUUUUGUAGCAGAUUCUUAUCUUGGCCGAUUCUUAGUUGUUGGAUUAGGUUCUACUUUUAGCUUCCUGGGAAUGACAAUGUUGUGGCUAACAACAAUGAUCCAUCCAGCUAAAGAUGGUAAAUCAGCAACACUUGGAGAAAUGGCAAUUCUACUCUCUGCCUUAGGUCUCAUGUCGAUUGGAAAUGGAGGUCUUUCAUGCUCCUUAGCAUUUGGUGCUGAUCAAGUGAACAGAAAAGAUGAUCCAAAUAACCAUACGUUCCUGGAAAUUUUCUUUAGUUGGUAUUAUGCUUUCACACUUAUCUCUAUGAUAAUAGGUCUCACUGGAAUAGUAUAUAUCCAAGAUCAUCUUGGAUGGAAAAUCGGUUUUGGAGUUCCGGCAAUACUCAUGCUUUUGUCCACUCUCUUUUUCUUUCUCGCCUCUCCUCUUUAUGUAAAGAUUCAUACAAGGACCAACUUCUUUACUGGUUUUUCACAAGUGGUUUUUGCUUCCUAUAACAACAGAAAUAUUAUAUUGCCACCUAUAAACACUAGUCAUUUUUACCAUCAGAGCGAGGACUCGGAUUCUGCUGUUCCAACUGAUAAACUAAGGUUUUUCAAUAAAGCUUGUGUUAUUAAAGAUCAUGAAGAAGAUAAAGGUUGCGAUGGCUCAGCAAUAAUAAAUCCAUGGAGUUUAUGCACAGUAGAUCAAGUAGAAGAACUAAAAUCCAUUGUAAGAGUUAUUCCCUUAUGGUCAACAGGGAUCAUGAUGUCCCUUAACAUUGGAGGCUCAUUUGGAUUGUUGCAAGCUAAAUCAUUGGACAGACACAUCACCUCACACUUCGAAGUACCAGCAGGAUCUUUUAGUGUUAUCUUGGUAGGUGCAAUAUUCAUAUGGAUAGUUAUCUACGACCGCGUUCUUCUUCCUCUAGCGUCAAAGAUAAAAGGAAAACCAGUGAGGAUCAGUGCGAAAAAAAGAAUGGGAAUCGGGAUAUUCUUUUAUUUUCUCUACCUGGUAACUGCAGCGACGUUCGAGACUAUAAGAAGAAAGAAAGCAAUCGAUGAUGAUACUGAUGGAGUAUUGAAAAUGUCUGCAAUGUGGCUUGCACCGCAACUUUGCUUGGCUGGUAUAGCCGAAGCGUUCAAUUUAAUAGGCCAAAAUGAGUUUUAUUACACUGAGUUUCCAAGGACUAUGUCCAGUGUUGCUGUUUCACUUCCUGGAUUGGGAAUGGCUGCAGGAAAUUUGGUUUCUUCUUUUGUAUUUAGUACUAUAGAAAAUGUUACUUCAAGAGGCGGGAAAAAAGGGUGGAUUUGUGAUGAUAUUAAUGAGGGUCAUUUUGAUAAGUACUAUUGGGUUUUAGCUGGAGUUAGUGCUCUCAAUGUACUGUAUUAUUUGGUAUGUAGUUGGGCUUAUGGACCUUCAGUUGAAGAGUUAACUAAGGAUUAAUAUGA